UAACGUUUUUCUAAUAGAUUAUUAUGGCAUUAAAAAAAGCCGGUGUUUUAGGAGCAACAGGAUCCGUGGGUCAGAGAUUCAUCUUGUUGUUGGCCGACCAUCCUGAAUUUGAACUCUAUGCCUUGGGUGCCUCCAGUCGUUCUUCUGGAAAGGCUUAUAAAGACGCUGUCAAAUGGAAACAAACUUCAUUAUUACCUGCCAAAGCCCAAGAUCUCGUGGUUACCGAAUGCAAGCCUGAGGGCCGCUUCGCUGAGUGUGAUGUAGUGUUCUCUGGGUUAGACUCCGAUGUCGCUGGAGAAGUUGAAAAGGCAUUCUCUGAAAAGGGUUUGGCAGUUAUUUCUAACGCCAAAAACUAUAGAAGAGCCGAAGACGUUCCGUUGAUCGUUCCUAUAGUCAACACCGACCACUUGUCGGUGGUGGAAAAACGGGUUAAAGAUGCCCGUGCCAAAGGAGAGCCAAAAUCUGGGUUCAUUGUGUGUAUCUCCAACUGUUCUACAGCCGGUUUGGUAGCUCCAUUGAAACCUUUAGUGGAUGCUUACGGUCCGAUCGACUUAUUGACUGCCACCACUCUCCAAGCCAUUUCUGGAGCCGGAUUUUCACCUGGGGUGCUGGGAAUCGAUGUAUUGGACAAUGUAGUACCAUUUAUUUCAGGAGAAGAAGAGAAGAUGGAGUGGGAAACCAAAAAGAUUUUGGGAACCGUCAACGCUGCUCAAACCGGGUUCGACUUGAUCCCUGAGUCAUCCAUGAAGGUCAGUGCCCAAUGUAAUAGAAUUGCUGUUAGUGAUGGGCACACAGAGUGUAUUUCCUUGAGAUUCAAGUCCGAUAAAAAGCCAACUGUGGACGAACUUAAGCAGACUUUGAGAAACUAUCAGUGUGAAGCAUUCAAGUUGGGAUGUCCUUCCGCCCCCAAGAACACCAUCCAUGUAUUGGAAGAAGAGGACAGACCUCAACCCAGAUUGGAUAGGGACAGAGACAAUGGGUAUGGGGUUUCGGUGGGAAGAGUAAGAGAAGACCCUGUUUUGGACUUUAAGAUGGUGGUAUUGUCACACAACACGGUUAUUGGAGCUGCCGGUGCUGGUGUCUUGAUUGCCGAGAUUUUGAAUGCCAAAAACGUUAUUUAGUUACAUAUGCUAGAGGUUUUAAUGCAAAUCAUCGCGAACAACCAAAUCUUCGCAAUGCUCAUA